ACCUCCACGAAAGCUGAUUGAUUAUACUCAGCCCGGCUACGAUGAAGAAACACUCGCUUCUAGGAAAGAAAGCACCAGAGCUUUCGCUGCCUAAUUUCGACGGGUCAACCUUUGCUUUCACCCCUGGUGCGAGCGGACGUCCAACAGCACUCUUCUUCUAUCCCCAGUCUGGAACGUACGGCUGCACGAAGGAAGCCUGCCAGUUCAGGGACGCGCUUUCUGAGGAAGAGAUAUUCAGGUCAACAAAUAUCGAAGUUAUUGGAAUCAGUCCAGACCCGGUUGAGAAACAAAAGAAGUUCGUUGAGAAGAAUAAUUUAACUUACCCAAUCUUGAGUGACGAGAAGGGCGAAGCACGAAAGGCGUAUGAUGUUUCAAAGGGUCUAUUGGGUCUGACCGCGUCAAGCAGGGUCACAUUCGUCAUUGAUUCGGAAGGCACUGUCAAGGAUGCCUUCGAUUCUACUCUCAACUUCUCCGCACACCACAAAUUCGUACAGGACUGGCUGAAGUCCACUCAGCAACCAAAGGAGCCAUCCAACACGGAGACCGCGGCCGCACCCGCUCCCACGGCAGAACCCGACGCGGGGGCGACUCCUGCCGAUAAGCCUGCUGAAACCGGCGAGACUACUGCGUGAACACCAGGCGUGGGCUUCAAGGCAAAGUCUUGUCUUGUCUUGUCAUCCUCGCUCGUAUCGGAUUUGUAUUUCAGAAGUUCUAACGUUUGCGUCAUAGCUGGAUUCAGAUUGAUGUAUGUUCUAUAACUUCUAUUCACUAUGCCCCACCUCAUCUUUUCGUCUCGACGGUCCAAUUGCCUACUAAUUGCUUGUUGUUGGUCUUACUGAAAUAUAUUCAUGGACAAGCGUUCCACUUAGUCUAUUGU